UCUGUCCUCUGUGGCCAAUGCGGGCGGGCCUGCUGGCGGCAUGGUGCCUUAGUUUUGUGACCCCGAUCCGUGUGCUCGCAGGCCCGCGCACUCUGACUUUGCUGUGACCUGCGGGGCUUGGGCUCCGCGGAGGAUGGGGCCUCCUGUCGACGUGUGGGACUUUUCUUCGCCUUUACUGCUACUAUGGAUGAAUAGGUUCUACAUAUACCUGGGCUGUGCUCUGGGAGUCACUCUUUGGAUCUGUGUCCAAGUUGUCAUCAAAAAACAGGUCGUUCGCUCCCAGGAGAGAAGCGUCCCAGGUGCCCCCGAUGGCUCUCCCUCCCUUCAGCAGAAGCAGACCCACGUAUCUGGAGUGAAGAUUUUCUACGGGUCGCAGACCGGUACUGCCAAGGGAUUUGCAGUGACUCUUGCCGAAGCAGUUACCUCUCUGCACCUGCCUGUGGCCAUUGUUAACUUGAAGGAAUACGAUCCAGACGACAAUCUGAUAGGGGAGAUCGCUAGUAAAAAUGUCUGCGCCUUCCUGGUUGCUACUUACACGGACGGCCGCCCUACCGAGAGUGCGGAGUGGUUCUGCAAGUGGUUGGAGGAAGCGGCUAAUGAUUUCCGCUUCGGCAAGACUUACCUGAAGGGUCUGAGAUACGCAGUGUUUGGUUUGGGAGACUCUGCCUACCAGAACCACUUCAACAAGGUCGGCACGAAUGUUGACAAGUGGCUUUGGAUGCUCGGCGCCAACCGGGUGCUCACCCGUGGCGAGGGAGACCGCAACGCAGUUCAGAGCAAGCAUGGCAGCAUCGAGGCUGACUUCACAGCCUGGAAGACCAAGUUCACCUCCCGGCUGCAGGCCCUGCAGAGCGGGGAGAAAACGGCCUGUAGUGGGGACUGCAAAAGAGGGAAGUGUGAGUCCUCGCAGCCUGGCUCAGGAGAGGUGCGCCCGCACCUGCAAGGCGACCUGCAUCCCAGGGAUGCUGAGGAGGAGGAGCCCUGCGAGAGCAGCAGUGAGGAGGAGGAGUCGGGGAGCCAGGACUAUCAGAGCCUAAAUUCUGUGGUUGAUGUUGAGGACCUCGGCCACAUCGUGAGCCCCAUGAGGAAGGAAAAGAGAGAAAAGGCCCCCCAGGAGGAGAAAGCUGGCGUAAGGAGGAGCUCAGAGAGGAAUGAAGACAGCGAAGGAAGAGCCAUGAUAACGCCUGCCCUCCGAGAGGCCCUGACUAAGCAAGGGUACCAGUUGAUUGGCAGCCACUCUGGUGUGAAGCUUUGCAGAUGGACAAAGUCAAUGCUGCGGGGCAGAGGAGGUUGCUACAAGCACACGUUCUAUGGCAUCGAGAGCCAUCGCUGCAUGGAGGCCACCCCCAGUUUGGCAUGUGCAAAUAAGUGUGUCUUCUGUUGGCGGCACCACACCAAUCCUGUGGGCACUGAAUGGCGGUGGAAGAUGGACCAGCCAGAACUGAUUGUGAAGGAAGCCAUCGAGAACCAUCAGAACAUGAUUAAACAGUUCAAAGGUGUGCCAGGGCUCAAGGCAGAGCGUUUUGAAGAGGGGAUGGAGGUCAAGCACUGUGCGUUGUCACUUGUGGGGGAGCCCAUAAUGUACCCAGAGAUCAACCGGCUUUUGAAGCUGCUCCACCAGCAAGGGAUCUCCAGCUUCCUCGUCACCAAUGCACAGUUCCCCGAGGAAAUCAGGAACCUCACACCAGUUACUCAGUUGUACGUGAGCGUGGAUGCCAGCACCAAAGACAGCCUGAAGAAGAUCGACCGCCCGCUCUUCAAAGAUUUCUGGCAACGGUUCCUAGACAGUUUGAAAGCUUUAGCUGCAAAGCAACAGCGAACAGUCUACAGACUGACACUUGUGAAGUGUUGGAACGUGGAUGAACUCCAGGCCUAUGCAGAACUGGUGUCCUUGGGGAACCCUGACUUCAUCGAGGUCAAGGGCGUGACCUACUGUGGUGAGAGCGCAGCCAGCAACCUCACCAUGGCCAACGUACCCUGGCACGAGGAAGUGGUCCGGUUUGUCCAGGAGCUGGUGGCUCUGCUUCCCGACUAUGAAAUUGCGUGUGAACAUGAGCACUCCAAUUGCCUCCUGAUCGGACACAAAAAGUUUAAGGUCAGUGGAGAGUGGUGGACGUGGAUCGAUUACAGCCGCUUCCGAGAGCUCGUGCUGCGGUAUGAAGAGAGUGGAGGCGCAAAGACGUUCAGCGCGAGCGAUUACAUGGCCAGAACUCCACGGUGGGCACUGUUCGGGGCCAGGGAAAGAGGCUUUGAUCCCAAGGACACGAGAUACCAGAGGAAGAACAAAGCAAAGGACAUUUCUGGAUGCUGAGCUUAUCUGAAUUAAGGAUCUCCAAAGACAAAGCCGCCCGGCCCCAGAAGAUUCUCAGUCCCCAUCACCCUGUCAAGGGCAGAACUUGGCAGCUGUGUUCCAGAGUGACACCACCGGGCAGCUGGGCUGCAGACCCGCGUCAGGGUCGGACACUCGGCCCAGUGCUUCUCACGAGAGCGCAGGCCCUUCUCGGAGCUGAUUUUUGAGACAGUGAAGGCGACAGUCACCCUUGGAUUUUUUAAUAGUUUUGAAUUUUAUUUUAGUAAUUUUCCUAAGUGCUAUUCCUGGGUGUUACACAGGGAAUAAAUAUUUCUGCCUCUUUCUUCCAA